AUGGAAACUGGUUUCCUUUCUUGUUCUGCGAGCCGGGGAAUUAAAUAUAACUUUACUACUAAGCAAAAGGACGAAAUAAAGUGCGCCUUUGAUCUACUGGACGAGAAGGGCGUUGGGAUCAUUGAAAUUCAGGAUCUUGCCAUCGUAGUGCGAGCCCUUGGAAUUAACUUGACACCUGUUGAUAUUUCAAAAAUUAUUCGGCGUUACGACCCCAAAAAAACUGGAAAUCUAGACUUUAGAGGGUUUCUUGGCAUAGUGGAGAAGAUCAUGUUGGCUGACUUUGCAGAUGAAGAAAUUGUGAAGGCCUUCCAGAUUUACUGCCAAACUGAUGCUGAGUGCAUAACUUUCGAUGAUACUCGACUUAUUGCAAGACAACUUAAUGAAGACAUUUCUGAGGAGGAAUUAAAGGAACUGUUCAAUGGAGCUGAUCUAAAUAAUGAUGGUGUUAUCGAUUUCAAUGAGUUUGCAGCCCUCCUAAAAAGAUCACCCUAUUCACCAAACCAAUGCACUGUAUAA